CCAAUUGUGGCUAUAUAAGAGUGGUCCUCUGCCACAGUCCUGCAUCACUUGCAUCUACAAAAGGACAGGAUGAAGCUGCUCUUGGUUGUUGUUGCUGCUCUGGCCGUKGCCAGCUUUGCCAAUGCUUCCCUGCAKGACCACGAUUUCMACGCCUGGAAACUCAAGUUUGGAAGAUCCUACAACUCUUCAUCAGAGGAGGACAAACGCAUGCAAAUCUGGCUCAGAAACCGUGAAAUCGUGAUGGCACACAAUGCCAUGGCCGAUCAGGGCCAUUCAACCUACCGCCUUGGGAUGACCUUCUAUGCUGACCUUGAACAUGAGGAGUUCAAACAAACUGUCUUUGGUGUCUGCCUGGGCUCCUUCAAYGCUUCUAAGCCUCGCGGUGGCUCCAGUUUCUUGAAAAUGCAUCGAUUCUAUAAUUUGCCUCAAACUAUUGACUGGAGGCAAUGGGGCUUUGUCACUCCCGUCAAGAAUCAGGGGAGCUGUGGCUCCUGCUGGUCCUUCAGUUCAACUGGAGCGCUGGAGGGUCAGAACUUCAGGAAGACAGGGAGGCUGGUGUCCCUGAGUGAGCAGGAGCUGGUGGACUGCUCUGGUAACUAUGGCAACUAUGGUUGCAAUGGAGGCUGGAUGGACAAUGCCUUCCGCUACAUCGUGAACAAAGGAGGUAUACACACAGAGGACUCCUACCCAUAUGAGGGUCAGGUGGGACMAUGCCGUGCCAACUAUGGCGAAAUCGGUGCUACRUGCACCGGCUACUAUGAUAUACCAAGUGGUAAUGAAMAUGCCCUGAAGGAGGCUGUGGCCACCUUUGGACCCGUGUCUGUAGCCAUCCAUGCUUCGGACCAAUCUUUCCAGCUUUAUCAUUCAGGAGUGUAUAAUAACCCRUAUUGCAGCGGCACAGCAUUGGACCAUGCUGUACUCAUUGUGGGUUACGGCACUGAAUAUGGACAAGACUAUUGGCUGGUUAAGAACAGCUGGGGUCCAGCCUGGGGAGACCAGGGAUACAUCAAGAUGAGCAGGAACAGAUAUAACCAGUGUGGCAUCGCUUCUGCAGCCAGCAUCCCCCUGGUCUGGAUGAAGCUGCUCUUGGUUGUUGUUGCUGCUCUGGCCGUGGCCAGCUUUGCCAAUGCUUCCCUGCAGGACCACGAUUUCAACGCCUGGAAACUCAAGUGUGGAAGAUCCUACAACUCUUCAUCAGAGGAGGACAAACGCAUGCAAAUCUGGCUCAGAAACCGUGAAAUCGUGAUGGCACACAAUGCCAUGGCCGAUCAGGGCCAUUCAACCUACCGCCUUGGGAUGACCUUCUAUGCUGACCUUGAACAUGAGGAGUUCAAACAAACUGUCUUUGGUGUCUGCCUGGGCUCCUUCAACGCUUCUAAGCCUCGCACUGGAGCGCUGGAGGGUCAGCACUACAGGAAGACAGGGACGCUGGUGUCCCUGAGUGAGCAGCAGCUGGUGGACUGCUCUGGUAACUAUGGCAACUAUGGUUGCAAUGGAGGCUGGAUGGACAAUGCCUUCCGCUACAUCCAGGACAAUGGAGGUAUAAACACAGAGGACUCCUACCCAUAUGAGGCAGAGGACGGAGAGUGCCGUUACAACCCUGCCAGCAUCGCUACCAAAUGCACUGGCUACGUUGAUAUAGAACAGGGUAAUGAGAGUGACCUGAAGGAGGCUGUGGCUACUGUUGGACCCGUGUCUGUGGCCAUCGAUGCUUCUAAUCCAUCUUUCCAGUUAUACGAAUCAGGAGUGUAUGAUGAGACGGAUUGCAGCAGCACAGCAUUGGACCAUGCUGUACUCAUUGUGGGUUACGGCACUGAAUCCGGACAAGACUAUUGGCUGGUUAAGAACAGCUGGGGUACAGCCUGGGGAGACCAGGGAUACAUCAAAAUGAGAAGGAACAGAGGAAACCAGUGUGGCAUUGCUACUGCAGCCAGCUUCCCCCUGUCGGUCAGGAUGAAGCUGCUGUUGGUUUUUGCUGCCGCUCUGGCCGUGGCCAGCUGUGCCAGCGUGUCCCUGGAAGACCUGGAGUUCCACGCCUGGAAACUCAAGUUUGGAAGAUCUUACAACUCUCCAUUAGAGGAGGCUCAUCGCAUGCAAAUCUGGCUCAGAAACCGCAAACUGGUGCUGGUUCACAAUAUCAUGGCUGAUCAGGGCAUCAAAUCCUACCGCCUUGGCAUGACCUACUUUGCAGACCUGGAAAAUGAGGAGUACAAGCACCUGGUUUCUCAGGGCUGCCUGGGCUCCUUCAACACUUCUCUGCCUCGUGGUGGCUCCUCCUUUCUACGGUUGUCUGAAGUCACUGAUCUGCCAGACACUGUCGAUUGGAGGGACAAGGGCUACGUCACUGACGUCAAGGAUCAGAAAGAGUGUGGCUCCUGCUGGGCCUUCAGUACAACUGGUUCGCUGGAGGGUCAGAACUUCAGGAAGACAGGGAAGCUGGUGUCCCUGAGUGAGCAGCAGCUGGUGGACUGCUCUGGUAAAUAUGGCAACUAUGGCUGCAAUGGAGGCUUAAUGGACAAUGCCUUCCGCUACAUCCAGGCCAACGGAGGUAUAGACACCGAGGACUCCUACCCAUAUGAGGCAGAGGACGGACAGUGCCGUUACAACCCUGCCACCAUCGGUGCCAAAUGCACCGGCUACGUUGAUGUAGAACAAGGUGAUGAAGACGCCCUGAAGGAGGCUGUGGCCACUGUUGGACCCGUGUCUGUGGCCAUCGAUGCUUCUAAUCCAUCUUUCCAGUUAUACGAAUCAGGAGUGUAUGAUGAGCCGGAUUGCAGCAGCACAGACUUGGAUCACGGUGUACUCGCUGUGGGUUACGGCAGUAAAGACGGACAUGACUAUUGGCUGGUUAAGAACAGCUGGGGUCUAACCUGGGGAGACCAGGGAUACAUCAAGAUGAGCAGGAACAAACACAACCAGUGUGGCAUUGCUACUGCAUCCAGCUACCCCCUGGUCUGAGAAG